GCAUUGGCGUGGAGGAAGAGAAGCAUGGUCCAAUACUUGCUGUAAACACAAACUGUUAUGAUUUGGACAAUUACUAUAUGAGCGAUAACCCAUAUGACCUUCUUAAAUUUUCUCUUCUUUUGAUUCUACCUACUUUUCUGAUUUAGCCCUAAAUUUAUUAAAGUCUUCCCAUGCAUUUUUGACACUUGACAACUCUUUAUUACCUUCACUUGCUAUCUUUUAUUACUCUCAACUGUCCACUAUACUUAUUCCACUAUUAUAUAAGGCACCCUUUUGCAUGCAAUCUACAGCAUCAUAACAAGUUUUUCCCACUGAAAAACCGAGACAAAGAGUUGAAAGGUAAGUGUAAGAUGGCUAAGUGGAGUGGAGUUUUUGUGUUUGUUGUACUUCUUGUAGUGCAUGCAAGUGCAGCACGUACGGUUCCAAAUGGGGGUGAUGAUGAAAAAAAGGGUGUGGUGCAUGCAAGUGUUGCGCCACAUGCAGAGAAUUUAACUGGUAAGGGUGUUGAUGAAAAGAAGAACUUUAUAGGUGGUGGAUUUGUGGGUGGGGCUGCUGGGAUUGGUGGGUUUGUUGGUGGAAUUGGGAAGGCUGGUGUAAUAGGUGGUGGAAUUGGAGGUGGAAUUGUAAAAGGUGGUGCGAUUGGCGGUGGGAUAGGCGGAAUAGGUGGUGGAAUUGGGAAGGUUGGUGGAAUAGGUGGUGGCAUUGGAGGCGGAAUUGUAAAAGGUGGUGCGAUUGGUGGUGGCAUUGGAGGCGGAAUUGCAAAAGGUGGUGCGAUUGGUGGUGGGAUAGGCGGAAUAGGUGGUGGAAUUGGAAAGGCUGGUGGGUUAGGUGGUGGAAUAGGAAAAGUGGGUGGAAUUGGUGGUGGAGCUGGAAUUGGUGGUUUCCAUGGUGUUGGUGCCGGAGCUGGAAUUGGUGGUUUCCAUGGUGUUGGUGCCGGAGCUGGAAUAGGUGGUUUCCAUGGUGUUGGUGGUGGCAUUGGGAAAGCUGGUGGGCUUGGUGGUGGCAUUGGGAAAGUUGGUGGGAUUGGUGGUGGAGCUGGAAUCGGUGCCUUCCAUGGGAUUGGUGGUGGAGCUGGAGUUCUCGGUGGUCAUCAUGGCAUUGGUGGCGGAGUUGGUGGGUUAGGUGGUGCUGGUGGUGGUGUUGGAGGUUUGGGUGGUGCUGGUGGCGGUGUUGGAGGUUUGGGUGGGACUGGAGGAGCGGGAGGCUUAGGCGGCGGUCCUGGAGGCUUGAGUGGUGGCACUGGUAUCGGAAGUUUGGGUGGGCCUGGAGGAAUUGGAAGUUUGGGUGAGCCUGGAGGAGUUGGAGGCCAAGAUGGGACCGGUGGUCCGGGAGGCUUAGGUGGUGGAAGUGGUGGCUUGGGUGGUGGUUCUAGUAGUACGACUGGAGGAGAUGGAGGACAAGGAGGUGGUAGUGGUGGUUUGGGCGGUGGUGCUAGUAGUCCUUAAUUAGAUUCAUUUUGAUGAUUUGCAUGCAUGUGGUUGUUGUUGAUUUAUUGUGCUGCCAAUUCAAUAUUGCUUUUAGGAUAGAUAGUCUUAGGUUUCUUUUACCAGCCUCGUAUGUUGUUUGUCUUGUCGGGUCAAUUUAGAGUUUGAAGUUUUUUUUUUGUCAACCAUGCAUGGGUGAUCAAUUUAAUGUUAUUCCUUGUUUGUAAGCAAAAGCUCUUUUUGGAGCUAUAUCUUUCAAGUUCAUAUUGGACUAUUUUGUCGGCAACCUUAAUUAAACUACAUUUUAUUUA